CUUUCGCUUAAAGCGAAACACAUCAAGUUCAAGUUUUUAUAUUUUAAAAUCUCUAAUUCGGUAGUGAUACUACGUUAUUGAACGUAAAAAACUUAACAAACGUUUAUUAUUGACUUUGUCAACCUGUUGUUCAUUGGAUAAUUGCACCCACAAAAGGCGAACGCUGAAGUAAACUUGCCUGGCCUUGCUGUUCGCGUACGACGAUAAUGGAUUCACUCAACAUCAAAAUGGAGGUACCGGAUCUGCCACUUCCGGAUCAUAUUUCCCCGCUCGGUGACGAUGGACUGGGUGGCAUCAUUCCCAACUCGGAAUUCCUGGCCAAUGGGAAUGGUUUGUUUUUGGGCGACGCUGACGACGAAGAUGAUACGAUUGUGGUGCAUAUGGAUCUGCGCGAGAAUCUCUCGACAUUAAGAGGAUUGGUAGAGCAACGGACCGGCAUUUCUCUGAAGCACUAUGAGUUCUGGCUGCAGGAUACACAGAUGCUGGAAUCUCACAAAAACCUGGUGGAUCAAUGCGUUCAGGGCGAGGGCCUCGUCCAGAUCAAUGUGCAGGUUCAAACAGCCAAACGUCGUAUAAACAUCGCUGACGUGCUCAAACCGACAGACGAGGUGUUGGAAACUUACCAACAGGAGCUGGAGCUGGCCGCUGCUGCUCAGGCUGCUGCAGCUCAAGUCGCAGCCGCUGCAGCUUCCAUUAGUAGUAGCGCUGAAACAACGGCUGUACCGAAAUCGCCGGCCCCGACGAAAAGCUCGAAUCGUACCACCAGUGAAUCUUCAUCUGUCGCUGCAGCCGCAACGUCAUCUUCCAAGACACCCCAGCAAAUCGCUAAGGAAGAGCAGGAAACGGCCUCAGCAGUAGCCGCUAUCAUUAGCUCGGCCAAUGCAGAGGCUAAUGCCGAAAAAGCAGCUCAGGCAGCGGCCAUCCAGCAGGCUCAAAUUGCUUCCACUAUUGCCACUAAUGGGGGUCUCAUACCGAAAAGCUCUCCCAAGCUUAUGGCCUCGCCGAACACUAUCGAUGACGACGACGAUGAUGAGGAUAUGAGCGAUGCAGGACAAUCGGCACUCCGUUGGGUUUGCGAUACCAACUUCAAACGGGACCAACAGCGGCUCAAUAUCCCGGACGAUCCGAUUGAGUGGACCGUAGCCCAGGUGAAGCACUGGAUUCAGUGGGCCGUCCGAACUUUUCAACUGACCAGCAUCAAGGUACCGGAUUGGACUAUCAACGGGAAGGAGCUGUGCGAAAUGGAUCACGAAGACUUCAAGCUGAAGGUGCCGAACGACCCGGGUGAUCUUUUCUGGACCCAUCUGGAGCUGCUGCGUAAGUGCAAGUUCGUGGCGGUCGUGCAGAAAGCUGGUGACGGGGAUGACUACGACGAGAUGGCCAUCCUACGCAAGGUUCCGAAGUACAGCUUGGGAAAUGAAACUAGCUACUGCGGCAAUCGCAGCGGCAACAAUGGUCAGAUACAGCUGUGGCAGUUUCUGUUGGAAAUUUUAACCGAUCGAGAACAUCGUGGAAUCAUACAGUGGAUGGGAACCGAGGGUGAAUUCAAGCUGAACAAUCCGGAACUGGUGGCCCAGCUGUGGGGCGAGCGGAAAAACAAACCGACCAUGAACUACGAGAAGCUGUCCCGGGCCCUGCGCUACUACUACGACGGGGACAUGAUCUCCAAGGUGCACGGCAAGCGGUUCGUGUACAAGUUCGUGUGCGAUCUGAGGGAACUGAUCGGGUACGAUGCUUCGGAGCUGGCCACCCUGGUCAACGAUGGGCCGCCCAUGUCCAGCGACCAGUUCGACAUGAAGGGAUUCGAUAUGGACUUCGAUUAGAGCAUGUUGCUGCCCAGCAGCCGUCCGGGGAUUCAUAUUACAUAUUUUGACUAUUUGCUUCCAUUUACAUCUUUAUUCAUUGAUAGUGCAUUUUUUUCACAACGAUAUUUCAAGAAACGGUGGCCGAGGCGGCUGAAUUUUUUAAUAAUGCCCAGAAAAACAAGUUUAUAUUACUCUUAUAUCAUUCAUAUAAUCAGUUGAAUUUAUUAACAAAGUUUGUAUGCAAUCAUGUUUAUCAAAU